AUGCCACCCUUGACAUUUUUCUGGGGUUCGAAGACAGAAAUUAUAUUCCCAGGCUGGCCGGGUGAGAGCUUUGGUGGUUACAUAUCAGCCUUGGUUUUAGUGUUUGUAAUAUCUCUGCUAGUCGAGUGGCUCUCGCAUGCCCGGCUGGUGAAGUCAAGCACCAGCAGUGUUGUCACGGCUGGGCUUUUGCAGACGCUCAUGUAUGCCAUCAGGGUUGCUCUGGCUUACCUGUUAAUGCUUGCUGUUAUGUCUUUCAAUAUCGGUGUGUUGGUGGCUGCUGUUGGCGGAUAUUCUGUAGGAUUCUUGGUUUUUGGUAGUCAAUAUAAGAGGACACGUGUGCAUCCAAGUGGCAAUUAUAUAAUAUCCUUUAUUAUAUGUAUUAACAGUUUCAUCCUCAUUUCAUCAAUUUUAUCAUCAUCAAAGCAAAACAAAAUGAGCAACCAAGAAGAAAACGAGACAGACUCAGCACCGAGUUCCAACUGGGCCGAGUUGACUCAUGUGUGUCUAUUGAACAUCCUCUCCCGACUCACUCUAACCCAGCGAUGGACCGGCCCCAUGUUCGUCUGCAGGUCGUGGUUCUCCGCCUGCAAGGACCCGGUUUUCCACUCGGCGUUCGAUCUCGAGACCCACUUCGAGUCACUCGCCGAGUCGCCUCGCUGGUGGACCCCCGAGUUCGAGAGGCGAAUCGACUCCAUGCUGCGGUCUGUUAUCGAAUGGAGUGAGGGGUCUCUCGUGGAAAUCAAAACCAGACACUGCUCUGAUCGCGCCCUCAGUUUCGCCGCUGAAAGGUGCCCAAACCUUGAGGUUCUUUCAAUUAAGAGCUGUCCCAAUGUAACUGAUAAUUCCUUGACUAGGAUAGCCUUUCGAUGCUCCAAGCUUAGGGAGCUGGACAUUAGCUAUUGCUAUGAAGUAUCUCAUCAAUCUCUGGCAAUUAUUGGCAGGAAUUGCCAGAAUCUUAAAGUUCUUAAGCGAAACCUUAUGAAUUGGGAUGCUUCCCAACAUGAGGGAAUUGUCCCUAAAGAGUAUCUAAACGCUUGUCCUCAAGAUGGAGACUCAGAAGCUUCUGCGAUUGCUAGAUUUAUGCCUAAUCUCGAGCACCUCGAACUUCGGUUCUCCAAGUUAUCAGCUAGAGGCCUUUGUUUAAUUUGUGAAGGGUGUUUGAAUAUGGAGUGUUUGGAUUUAUCUGGGUGCAUAAAUUUCACCAGUCGGGAUAUUGUCAAUACCACAUCCAAUUUGAAGAAUUUGAAGCAGAUUAUAAAGCCAAAUUUCUACAUUCCCAGGUCAGUUUUUCACACAGAUAGGUAUGGUCAUUGGAGGUUGUAUGAUGAGCGGUUCCAAACUGAUAUUUUCCGAAUUUGAUUGGCCAUGCUAUUCUCCUGGCAAAACUUCUUGCAUCUACUGGUCUUUAUAGUUCGCGACAAGAGGGUUCUAUAGCAAAUUAUGGCUUUUAUUUAUUUUCCUUGUAAAAUGCCAUGUCCAAUGCAUUUAUGCAACUGCUGGUUGAGCUGCUAUGAUAUUUGAUUUCUGCAGUAGUAUAUGUUGUGUCACAUUUCUGUAAUGUAAAUCGAUUCUAUUUGAUUGUAUGUUGGGUUUACUAGAUAUGUACUUCUCGGAUAUCUUGUGAAAUCUCUCUUUAUUGAAAAAAAUGGAUUAAUUAUCUUC